UGACAAAGAACUAUAAUAGCUGAGCUUAAGUACGCAAUAUCUGUUUCUACUUUUCGAGGUGAAAGAAAACCGACAAAUUGUUGCCGUUCACACGUUUAGCGGCAAAGAAGUCCUACUGGACUCAGGCCGCGGGACCCUCAGCAGAUAUGUAUUCGAAGAAUCUUCUUAAAAAUCUCUGGCGAAGGGGCAGAAAUGUAUGGGAAAAAAUUAUCAAAACUGAGACGCAAAAAGCUGUCGAAUGUCAAACGGUCGUCAAACCGAAAGUAGCGCUAACAAAUCGCCAGACCGGUUGGAAAAGUGAGACGUACCAGACAGUCUUAAGGAGCUUUUUAUCCCAAAAGUUCAUCGACAGUCCAGCCAGGCGGGCCAGCAAACAGGCGUUCUGGCGGGGGAGAAAUGACAAGAAUAUUCUUCUCUUUGCGUUUGCUGGCAUUGUCAUGGCCACACAAUCUGAGGAAGAUGAGCUUAUGUGUGAAGUACAGGACUUUAUCCAUGUGAAGAACCAGUCAGAUGGCCUGGAUCCGCCAUCAUUCAGUCUCCUGGUGCAAGAACUGUCCCUGGAACGCUUCGAGAUUGGCCGCCACAUCGGACAGGGAUGCAACGCUGCAGUGUAUGAGGCAAGGUGGAAAUCUUCAGUGGACAUUUUCACAGAAACAGAAGAAACCGAUUCAGAAGAAGCGGAAAUCGACAACGAAGUUUCAGAUGCAGAAAGCGACAUUACAGUGCUGUCCUCGACAAGCGAAGAUGCCAGCGCCCCCGCCGUAUUCAACGUUCAUGAGUAUGAUGAUGAUUGGCACACCAUCGGUGACAGCGAUGUAGAGAGUGAUGUAUCGGUACUGGACUGGACAGAGGAUGAUGUGGAGCCUUGGUCUGACACGGGCAUUGAUCACCUGGAAGAGAGCCUAGCAAGUAAGACCCUUCCCCUCCCAGUUGCAUAUAUCAUAGAAGGAAUGGAAUCAUUGGAAAAUACACAGAUGUUGCCUGGAGGGGACAAUGAGAGUGAAACCAUAAUGUAUGAGUCGUUGGAUUCAGAUGGACCGACUGACACUGGACAGAAGUUCGAUCUGGCCAUCAAGAUGAUGUUUAACUAUCACGUGAACUCCAAUGCUGAUGCGAUACUUCGGGAGAUGGAAAGAGAAACUGUGCCAGCACUUCUCAGCUCUCCUGGUGAACAAGUUAUUUGGGAUACUGGCCACAAAGUGCGGAAGAAAAAGUUACCACCACAUCCGAACAUCGUGACAAUGUGGGGAUUGUUUGUGGAUCAGGUUCCAAACCUUCCUGAUAAUGUGUUGAACUACCCUGCCGCCUUACCGCAGAGAAUCCACGCUGAGGGAAUAGGCAAAAACAUGACUCUGUUUCUCGUUAUGAAAAAGUACCCAACGACCUUGAAGGACUAUCUCUCUGUGGUGAACCUCACUUUGAGAGAGAGGCUUGUUCUGUUGACCCAGCUACUGGAGGGGGUGGCACACAUGGGUGCUCACGGGAUCGCCCACAGGGAUAUGAAAUGUGACAACAUCCUACUGGACAUUGACACAGAUGGUACCCCUAACCUGGUGAUAAGUGAUUUUGGUUGCUGUCUGGCAGACAACACGUAUGGCCUUGUGCUGCCUUACACCACUGAUCUUAUAGACAGGGGAGGCAACACUGCUCUCAUGGCACCAGAGAUAGCAUCAGCUGAACCUGGCAGAUUCGCCCAGUUGGAUUACCGGAAGGCGGACGCAUGGAGUGCAGGUGCCCUGGCAUAUGAGAUCUUUGGGGCAGACAACCCUUUCUACAACACUGGCCAAGGGAGGCUAGACAGUCGCAAUUAUAGGCUGGAUGAGUUACCCCAUAUGCCUGAUGAUGUGCCUGCUGUGGUGCAGAGAGUUGUGGCCGCACUGCUCGAAAGAGAACCAAAAAAGAGAACCACUGCACGGAAGGCAGCAGACAUUCUUCACCUUUUGCUCUGGGCGCCUUCCGAUUGGCUGUUGCCAUGCAGCGAGGUUCCAAGGUCAAACAUCAGGUGGUGGAUGGUCACCAUGGCAACAGAGGUUCACCUGGGGAAGAAGUCAACGCUGCGAGAGAUGAAAAGAUGUUUCCUGGACCACUUGAACAUCAACAGCCUUUUGAAUGCUUUCAGUUACUGUGGAGUGAACAUUACCAGUAAAUAAAGUUUAAUGACAGUAAGGAGUUACAUUUUUAGUUAGCUUUCAUGUUUUUUUUGUUCUGUCUUUUAAGUGAGUAGUGGCAUUUUCAUUGAAGUCUUGCUCUGUGAAAACAUGUCUCAAUGUAUGUGCUUAAAGUUUCUUCCCAGAUUAUCCUGUCCAGUCCGCAUAGGCUUAAAAGAGACACACUUUCUGUUUGACUUGAUUUUUUGUUAAAGAAAGAAUUUCUUAACGAAAAAUUCCAUUAAAGCAGGAAGUUUCAUGCCUGAUUAUCCUGCACCAUACUUUGCACACGUGCAUUUAGCCCCAUUUCUCAGAGUAUAAUUCAUUAAGAUGGCAGCCAUCCAGAAAAAGAAAGCCAAAGAGACCUAAUAAGACAAAAGAAUAUCGUUACUGGACAAACAUUACAAAAACCAGUGCACACCACGUUGACAUAUUAAAACCAAGUUUCGUUGUUAGGGUUGCUUUGUUUGUAAGAACAAACUUCUUGUAAGAAGUGCUUUAUCAAGACAACGAAAUUGCUAAAUACUUUUAUUACAAAAAAUUCUAAAUUAUUUUUUACUGUGCUGCAGUUUGGAUAUGAAGUUACUAAUUUUUAAAUGAAUAAUAGGUCUAUAGUAGUGGAAUAUUACAUAACUGAAAAAUGAUAUUAGUAAAAUAUGAAGAUAUGAUCUUUAUAGUUGUAUUGAAGAAGAUAGUUCUCUGUGAUUUUAAAAAAAUCUCUUUGUUAUUUGUAUGGAAACACAAUUUUUGUUUUUCGUUUUUUAUUAAAUUGUGUUUUAAAAAUACAAAAAAGUGUAGUUAAAUUGUAUUUUUCUUUUAAAUGUUUUAUGUUUCCUAAGUGUUGAUAAUAUUUUGCUUGAACAAAAGCUUUAUUUCAGUACUUCAGAAUCACUUAAGAUAACGUUUGUUGUUAUAAUUUUGUAUUUGUUGACAACAGGUUAUGCUAUGCAUUCUUGUUUAUCUUGUCAUUGAUUACGAGGUACCAUGCCCCAAUUAAAUGUUAUUAUUUGUAGAUGGAAAACAUGUUGAUACUUUUUGAUGAGUUGUUUUCAAUAGACAUGAGUCUCGCUCGGGGAAGGCAGGGUAUCAUACAUGUUAAGUGUCAUCCCAGAUUAACCUGUGCGGAUCUUCAUUUAGAAAAGACUUCCUUUAAACGUAAAGCUCCAUAAAAGCAUGAAGUGUUGUUUCUGAUGAGCCUGUGUGAACUGCACAAGGUAAUAUAGGGUGACACCAACGUAGAGUAAUUACGGUUAUUCACGACAGCACUUUCCACGUAGACAGGAUUUUUUGUUUACAACAUACUUCCUUUAAACGAGACAUUGUGUAAAGGCGGCAAGUGCCGUCCCUGAUUAGUCUGUGCGGACUGCAGAGUUCAAUCUGGGAUGGUACUUUAUGCACAUUCAAAUAAAGUCACCAUUGUGUU